UGUUUGAUGUUCACCACCUCAUCGGAUGAGAUUUUUGCGGCAACCAUUUUCAACACAUAUCAUGUGGAUUUCUUUGCCUCCAUCAUAACGGGAAUUGUAUAAAGAGUUCUACGUGCGACGGAGGGACAACGUUUAGCAUCUAAUAAUUAACGGACCCCGGUCAUCUGGUUACUUCCAGGACGUGAUCAUACGAUGUCCGAUCGCGUUCUGCCUUUCCACCUGGCUGGGUCGUCACAGCUUUCUCCCCAUGGGACGCUUCUCUAUCCCGGGAUCCGGAUAAGGCCACGAAAGCGACAACCAUUCUAGCGAAAGAAAUAACGAGGAUGAAACGCGGGAGAGAGACCGCUACAUCCUCCACAUGCCGAUGGCUGCUCUCACCCCGCUUCCGUCUAUCUUUACUCCCACUCCCAAGCGUUGCCGCCUCUCCGUUGCUCCCCGCCUUGGCUCAAAAUCGCAGCGUCCUUCCGACCAUUAUGGGCAUGAGAAGAACCCUCCGCUGCCCGUCCACCCCCCACCGCCGGUGCUUGGAGAAGGCCUGGGCAAAGCGAGCGCCGUUGCUCUCUUAGCCGCCUCCCUCUUCUUGGCCGACCCUGCUGUCGCUUUUAAGGGGGGAGGCCCGUAUGGAGCUGAAGUGACGAGGGGGCAGGAUCUCUCCGGCAAAGAUUUCAGCGGCAAGACCCUCGUGAAUCAAGAUUUUAAAACGUCUAUCCUGCGGCAGGCUAAUUUCAGAGGCGCGAGCCUUAUUGGUGCAAGCUUCUUUGAUGCUGAUCUAACAGGUGCUGAUCUGUCUGAUGCUGAUCUCAGAGGUGCGGACUUUUCCUUGGCAAAUGUGACGAAGGCAAAUCUCAGAAAUGCAAACCUUGAAGGUGCACUUGCUACAGGCAACACAUCUUUCAAGGGAUCAGUCAUAGAUGGAGCAGAUUUUACUGAUGUUCCACUGAGAGAUGACCAACGGGAAUACCUUUGUAAAGUUGCAGAUGGGGUGAACCCGACAACUGGAAAUGCAACACGGGACACAUUACUUUGCAGUUGAUGUUAGGUGGAAAUAUAUUGAGGAAAAGCCCCAAGGACUGGUGCAUCAUUAAUUGUUUUAAUUUCUCCACAAGCUCUAGCAGUUUUGUAUCUGUAUAAUAUUGGUUAGGCUAUUGAUUACUAUUAAUGAGUGUCCGUAGUCCAGCAGCUGUAUAUGAUGUAUUACUGUAUAUGCAAAAAAACGAUCUGGUGGCUGUAGAAGAACACUGCACAUUUUUUGACAAACAGUAAUCAUUCGUUGUGUGCCAUUUGCCCAAA